AAUGCUUACAGGCAAAGAAGAACAACCCUAAUUGCUUUUGAGAGUAAUGCGCUUAAAAAAAAGUCUAGUCCAAUCGAGGCAAUCAAGAAAGCAAAGAAUUGCCAAAGUAUUUAAGGAGCACAUUUACUGAUACCUAUUAAUUGUAGGAACCAGUAAAAGGAAAAAGAGGCAAGAAAUUAUUGCCUUAAUAUGCAUUUGGAAAUUCUCUAGAGUCGCCUUCUUAUUUCAGAAAUGCAAAUACUUUGAUAUGUAGAGAAAGCUAUGACAAUCCAUUUAUCAAAGUACAAUAGAAACCAAAAAGUAAAUGGGAUUCACUUCGUAGCAAUACAUUGAAUAAUUAUGAUUUCUAUAACAUUUCUGAAUAGAAAUUUAGUAAUCUACCAUCAGAUGGUUUUCAUAAUGUAAGAUUAGUAAAGUAGAAAAUGUAAUAAAUAUAUAAGUACAGUUACAAACCAGAUAAAUAUUGUGUAAACCCCUAAAGUGAAAAAUCAAGAUUAUACUUUUUAGUAAGCAUAUAGAACAUUGUAAAAUACAAGUCAUUUUGGACGUAAACAUGGUGAGCAAUAAUAUUAAUAUAUGAAUAGAAUUAUUUACAGAUUUUAUUGAAAAAAAUGAUAAUUAAAAUGUUUAUGGACAUUUGAAUGAUCGUUAAAGACCUAAAGGACAUUUAAGAGAUGUUAAAAACUUUAGUCUAAAUCCAUAAGUAUAGAAAUUACAACAUAAAUACACAUUUAAUUUCAUGAUUCCAAGUCCAACUCAUAAAUCUCCUAGAAUACAAUAGUUUCCUAAAGUUAAUAUGGCAGAUGAAAAAGUAGAGAAAUAUUUUAAAAGAGAUUAGAAGUAAUAAAUUAUUUAUUUAUUUAGUUUUCUUAAUGCUUUUAGUAAUUCAAUUAUAGCAACAUAGAUAGACAAUAAAAUGAAGAAGAAUAAACAAGAUAGAUAUAAGUAUAUUUUUAUUUAUUAUAUAAAGUGCUGAUCCUGUUGUUUAAGAUUAUUAAGAAAAUGAAAUUGGAUUAAUAGAAGUAUUUGAAAAACAUCUGGAAUUUGAAAAGUAAUAUGGAAAUUGA